AUGGAGGUCCUAACGGCUCUAAUGAGGAAGGCGGAAGAAAUAGGAGAUUUCUGGGGGUUUAAAAUAGAUGUUAAUGAGGAGGUUGAUUUGAUUCAAUUCGCGGAUGACAUAAUUAUUAUUUUGGAGGGAGAUGCUGCAAAUUUAUGGAGUAUGAAAGUCAUUCAUAAAGGUUUUGAGUUAAUGUCGGGUUUGAGGAUACAUUUUCAUAAGAAUAAUAUUUAUGGGAUUAAUGUUGGUGAUUGGUUUCUUAAUGCGGCUUCUAGUUUUCUUUCGUGCAAAGUGGGAAGUUUACCGUUUAAGUUCCUAGGUGUUAAAGUGGGUGGUAAUCCUAGAAAUAUUUUAAUGUGGAAAGAUUUAAUCUCGUUUUUAAGAAAAAGGUUAGCCGUUUGGAGAGGUAAGAAUCUUAGUAUAGCGGGGCGUGUGGUUUUAAUCAACGCGGUGUUUAAUGCUAUUCCUAUAUAUUUUUAUCUUUCUACAAAGCUCCGUCUAAGCGGGGGAGAUCCUAAAAAAAUGAUCCAUUGGGUGUGUUGGGACACCGUUUGUAAAUCUAGAGAGGAAGGUGGUUUAGGUGUCAAAAAUGUGCAAAUUAUGAAUGUGGCGCUUAUUAGUAAGUGGAAGUGGAGGAUUUUAACCGAGAAUGAUGCAGUUUGGUGUGGUAUCCUCAAAGCUAGAUAUGGUAAGGUGAAACUUAAGGUUUUAGUAGGAGAUAUACCGGUGGUGGGAAAGAAAGAUUCCGUAUGGUGA